UAAAAACCCACCAUCUUAUUUAGAUAAAUGGAGAAAUAACUGAAACGAGGUUGCAGUCCACAAGUGACAGAGUUAACAAUGAAGCAUUUUAUUUGUUGAUAAUCAAUGCAAUCAUUUUGUGUGGUGGUUGUUGGGAGUACAAAGAGAAUGAAGAAGUUUGUGUUUCUAUAGAAGGAGAUAUUACUUUCAGUAUAACCUACGAAAAGAGAAACGGUGAAGCAAAGUUAACAGAUGUGUACCUGCUACUAUUCCUAAAGGCGCAGAUGCUGUUACUAUUACUGGUGCUUGUGAAGAUGUAAGCUCUAAACAGUCCAGUAUGACUAUGAAAUGGGGUGGUGGAUUUCAAGCUGACUUUGUAUUCUUCAAGAAUGAAGAAAAAGACCAUUGGUAUGCUGAAAAAUGUCAACUAUCUUACCCAAACUCUUUACUACCUGAUGCCUUUGUAACUGAAGAUUCUACGUUAGCUCGGACAACUGAGAAUCAAGAAUUGUUUCUAACACGGCUGACUGACUUCUACUUAUGCAAAAGCUCCGAUACCCACCCCCUUUACCUCUUCGCUGACGACAAAGUUGACAUUACAGCUAACAUUGUGAACCUGGCAUCCUCAAAUCUAACAAUCAAACCUUUUAAAUCUUUAAAAGAAGCAUAUGAGUGUACUAAAGAUUCGUCUAAAACAGACCCACCUAAACCUAAAACAGACCCACCUAAACCUAAAACAGACCCUAAAACAGAACCACCUCAACCUGCUCCAAAAGCAGAUCCGGGUCCGUCAGGGAGUAGGGUAGCGUGGACAUGUGCAGUUGUCAGUUUACUUGUUCUCAGUGUGUGCGCCAUCUUCAUCUACCACAACAAAGAUGGGACUCCCGCUUAUGUUAGGGUUGUUUAGUGUGUGCGCCAUCUUCAUCUACCACAACAAAGAUGGGACUCCCGCUUAUGUUAGGGUUGUUUAGUGUGUGCGCCAUCUUCAUCUACCACAACAAAGAUGGGACUCCAGCUUAUGUUAGGGUUGUUUAGUGUGUGCGCCAUCUUCAUCUACCACAACAAAGAUGGGACUCCAGCUUAUGUUAGGGUUGCAAUCUUCAUCUACCACAACAAAGAUGGGACUCCAGCUUAUGUUAGGGUUGUUUAGUGUGUGCGCCAUCUUCAUCUACCACAACAAAGAUGGGACUCCAGCUUAUGUUAGGGUUGUUUAGUGUGUGCGCCAUCUUCAUCUACCACAACAAAGAUGGGACUCCAGCUUAUGUUAGGGUUGUUUAGUGUGUGCGCCAUCUUCAUCUACCACAACAAAGAUGGGACUCCAGCUUAUGUUAGGGUUGUUUAGUGUGUGCGCCAUCUUCAUCUACCACAACAAAGAUGGGACUCCCGCUUAUGUUAGGGUUGUUUAGUGUGUGCGCCAUCUUCAUCUACCACAACAAAGAUGGGACUCCAGCUUAUGUUAGGGUUGUUUAGUGUGUGCGCCAUCUUCAUCUACCACAACAAAGAUGGGACUCCAGCUUAUGUUAGGGUUGUUUAGUGUGUGCACCAUCUUCAUCUACCACAACAAAGAUGGGACUCCAGCUUAUGUUAGGGUUGUUUAGAGUGUGUGCCAUCUUCAUCUACCACAACAAAGAUGGGACUCCAGCUUAUGUUAGGGUUGUUUAGUGUGUGCGCCAUCUUCAUCUACCACAACAAAGAUGGGACUCCAGCUUAUGUUAGGGUUGUUUAGUGUGUGCGCCAUCUUCAUCUACCACAACAAAGAUGGGACUCCAGCUUAUGUUAGGGUUGUUUAGUGUGUGCGCCAUCUUCAUCUACCACAACAAAGAUGGGACUCCAGCUUAUGUUAGGGUUGUUUAGUGUGUGCGCCAUCUUCAUCUACCACAACAAAGAUGGGACUCCAGCUUAUGUUAGGGUUGUUUAGUGUGUGCGCCAUCUUCAUCUACCACAACAAAGAUGGGACUCCAGCUUAUGUUAGGGUUGUUUAGUGUGUGCGCCAUCUUCAUCUACCACAACAAAGAUGGGACUCCCGCUUAUGUUAGGGUUGUUUAGUGUGUGCGCCAUCUUCAUCUACCACAACAAAGAUGGGACUCCAGCUUAUGUUAGGGUUGUUUAGUGUGUGCGCCAUCUUCAUCUACCACAACAAAGAUGGGACUCCAGCUUAUGUUAGGGUUGUUUAGUGUGUGCGCCAUCUUCUUCUACCACAACGAAGAUGGGACUCCCGCUUAUGUUAGGGUUGUUUGAUGAACCUCAUUUUGUGGUGUUAUCAGGCGCAUUUUACAGUGUUUUUCAAGACUCGAAUUGUGCGGUUUAAAUAACUGAAUUUUGUUGCGUUAUUAUGCCAAGUCGCCAAGUGUUGGUGCGAUAUUUUACAGUCCACAAUUUUUCUCCGAAGUUUCUCAACGAAACUGGAAUUAUUUGAUAUUAAAUAAAUAUGGCGUGAUUUGAUUUAAAUUAAGUUCAGAAAGCAAACUAUUUGGUAUUUGAGAUUUUGCUUGAUUUUUGGGUUAAUUACUAUGAUUGUCCAUGUUAUGGUGUUAGAAAUUGAAAACAUGUUUUUGGUAAAAGUGUGAACGAUCCUAACCUUAUCAAGGGAUGAAAUUCGUACUAUUAGAAUUUGUAAUUAUAUGACGUUAUGACAGUUUUGACUUUAUAUUACUUAUUACUACAUGAUAUUAUAACAAAUUGUAUCAAACAGUGUAUCAUGGUUUGUAAUCGUUUUUAAUUUUUCGCGGCAAUCACUGUUGUUAACUUUUGAGUUUUUUCUUGUGUCGAGGGUAAUUUUGUCUUUGGUUUUGUUCAACUUUUCAACCUAUAAUAAAAACUGGUGUUUUCACUUAUGCCGUAUGCGUAUCUAGCAAUAAGUUAAAAUCUAAACUGUAAAUUGUAGACUUGUUGUGCAGAGUGUUCAAACUUCUGUUAAUAAAGCUUUACAAUACAAAUAAAACACAGUCGUUAAGGCAAAGUAGGAGAAGUUUCACAACUGUGAUAUUGAUAGUUGGACAAUAUCCGGAAAUGAAAUAAGGUAGAUGUCAGUCGGCGCGGGGAGAUUCAGGACACACACGGUCACUAUGGUUAAAGGACAUAUUUUUAUUGUUAUCAAAUCCCUGGAGAGUUGAAAAGACAGCUCAGUGGAAAAGGGCGCAGAUUAUCUAGUAUAAUAACAGUGGGACAGGCUAGGGGGGUUACAGUAUAAUAAUACAUUUCGUCUCCCUCUCAUAUUUCACAAUUGAUUUUAUUGUAGCCUGCAAUAUAUUCCCUG